GGAGGCUCCCUCUGUAUUGAGACGGACCCUGAGCAGCAUCGCCCGCUUUCAUGCGUGAACGCUCCCUCAUGCGACGCGUGCCCGCGAAGUGUACGGAGCGUGCGCGCUCCCGCUGCUCAGCGACAAGAUGGCGGCGGCCGCCGGAUCAGGCGUCAAAGUCCCUCGCAACUUCCGGCUGUUGGAAGAGCUGGAAGAAGGCCAGAAAGGCGUUGGUGAUGGCACAGUGAGUUGGGGUCUGGAGGACGAUGAGGACAUGACACUCACACGCUGGAGAGGCAUGAUCAUCGGACCGCCGAGAACAAUCUAUGAGAACAGGAUGUACAGCCUGAGGGUGGAAUGUGGACCUAAGUACCCUGAGACGCCUCCUUUCGUCCGAUUUGUGACCAAGAUCAACUUGAAUGGUGUGCAUAACUCAAAUGGCGUGGUCGACAUGCGGGCAGUGUCCUCCCUGGCCAAGUGGCAGAACUCCUACAGCAUCCGCGUGGUUCUGCAGGAGCUCCGACGGCUCAUGAUGUGCAAGGAGAACAUGAAACUGCCCCAGCCUCCGGAGGGACAAAUCUACAGCAACUGAGCGCCAAGCUGACUCCUUCUUCUCCCUCUCACCCCUCGAUUCUCUUCCAUUCAGUACAUGCGCGCACACACACACGCACAUCAAUACACAUACAUAUAGCCAGCAUAUUCCUGUUCUUUUCCAAGACUCUUGAAAAAUCCCCUCUCUUAUGUACAAGACCCCGCCCCUUUUUCGCUGCAGCAGCCAAUGAGCACUCCCCUCCCUGGGAGCUCCCAUUGCACAGAAUAUGUGGGUGCAGGGGUGCGCGCCCCAGGCAGCCGUGCAGACCAGACGACACGAUACAAAAUACUGUACAUCUUACUAAUCUUCUUUUUUAAAAUCUUUAUUUGUUAUACAUGCAGAUUGUACAAAUAACAUAAAUGAUCUUAUUGAGUGUAAGUCUCUGUGUGCUGUGUUCUUCAAGCACUCCAUGCUGACCAGCUCUGUCUCUUAAAAUGUGCCCUAGUCAUUGGUGAAAGAAGCUGCAUUUGGUGUGGUGUUAGAUGUUGUUAAUUGCAAUUUAAAGGGAAAGUCCACCCCCCCCCCCCCCCCAAAAUUCCCGCAUAAUUCGUUCAUUGAGAUGUGAAAUGGUUCAUUGUAGAGAAUCUUACUGGUGGUGAUAGGAACCAAGGGUCGUGAUGUCUUCGUUACAGAUAUUGACAUUUUAUUCACUAUCCAAAAACACCAGUGAAUCUACAUGCGUUUCAUAUGUUAUAUUAGUGACUAUAAAACGGGGACUAUUUUGCCUCGGAAGACCCUGCAUGUACAUCACUGUGAAAACAAAACCUUCUUAAAUCCACCAUAAAACAACUUAUUCUUAGAAGUGUCAGCUUCUCAAAGCCAGAGGCAUUUUAGGAAAGGCUCUUAGCAGCUGUGUUUGAGGUUUUACAGCAUUAGCUUUUGCUGAUUGUAUUCAAAGGCCAAAAGUUGUUUGUUUGAAGCAUUUUCUUAUAUUCUGAAACGGGCCUAAACGUUCUAGCCUGUGAAUUCAAGACUUAUUUUGUAUUUGAAAAUAGUUUUGGUUUUGCCAAAAUAGUGAGGAGCAUUUCUGAAUUGAAACUGAAUGGCUGAUAUUGGUUGUCACAUUCUUUGCCAAAAUGAGGGGAUCUCUGUCCCCCGUAAGAACAAGAGGUAAAAUAACACACAUGCUAUUUGGAUUGACUACACCUCAAUGACUCUGAUCACUCAUUAUUUUGUCUAUCCAUAGCAGGAAGUCAUUUGGCUUUAUUAACAUCACCAUCAUUAAUGUAACUGAGGUACUCAUAAAGGGGAACUCCAAACAUGUAUCAAAAAUUCUGCAUAAUUGCCUGUUUAAGAUGUAUUCAGUCAUUCAGAGUGGUUUGGUGUGAAAUGCUUUGUUCCAAAAAAACUUAACGAGUCAGAAAUGUUCAGUGUUGGCGAUGGGAACCAGAUGUACACCUCUAAAAACUUCCUCAGACAAAAUUCCAAAGAGAACUUUUUUUUUUUUCUCUCUUAUUUUAGCAUCAUUAACACUCCAUAUAAAGACUCAGAAGACACAUGUAGGUUCACUGGUGGUUUUGGAUAGUACAUAAAAUGUCUAUUUGUGUUGUCAUGGUGACCCCUGGUUCCUGUCACCACCACUGUAAAGAAAUCUGAACCAUUUCACACUAAACCACUCUGAAUCACUCUGUUUACAUCUCAAACACGGAAUUAUUCAGGAAUUCCCCUUUAAGUUCCAUAAAGUAUGUGGCACAUCCCUUCUUGACACAUAAACGUCCCAUAACAUUUGAAUCAUUUUAACAUAUUGAAAUUUAUUUUCCAUAACUGUUUAUAUUUUAUUUACAUAAGAGUUUGUUGUAGUGUGUAGGCGUUGUUUCACCAGUCUGUUAUGUUGAAUCGUAGCUGUUUUCAAUUCGUUGUUAAUGUGAUGUCACAAAAAACAGCUCUCUUCCAUAUAUCAGCCUGUUUGGUCUACAGCUCCUGUUCAGGCUGAAGUUAUGAGUGUUUCAGCCUGGACUGCCUAUUAAACAAGGCACAAUACAGGACAGCCAAUCAGAGCAGAUGUCAUUUAGGUGUCUUAAAGACACCGUGAGGCAUACAGCCAGUAUAGUUCUAAAGGGGUAAAUAGAGGCUGUUAAACGGUCAUGUGAAAAGGAAUUGUGGCUGUUUUUGGUACAUAACUCCACACACGCAUGUAAAUGGACCUCAUGGAGGGAAAGAAAUGAAAUAAUGUAGAAUAUGGACCUUUUAAUGAGAGCCUUUAAUCUAAAGAAGAAUACAUAGAAUGUGUGCAGAAUAUUGACUUUAAGUAAAGAGUUGGUUAAAAUACUGGAGUAUUAAAUGAAAUAUAAUAGCAGUAUGCGAGUCAGAGGUGCUGGCCACAUACACAGUACUGUGCAUAAAGAUAUCUUGGGCUACUGCAUUGUUUCUCUGUUUUGUCAAGCUCAUGGGUUCAGAUAGUAAAAGUGUCAGCAACCAUUUUACUUGCUUGACCACAUUUGAAGCUUUUGUGGCUUAUCUUCAUCAUCAUCCGUUCUCAGUGAAACACAGCAGACCUCUGUGCUGGUUUAUCAUGUUGUGAUUCAAAACAUGCAGUGUUACUUGUUGACACACUGCUGCACACAGACGUGCAACGUGGCGUGGGCAGCAUGUCUUCCUAUUUGAGAUAUUAAAGGGCCCGCAUCAUGGAAAA